AUGGCGCGCAACUCCGAAAAAGCCCAGUCGAUGCUCUUCCGCUUCCGCGAAGCGCAAGCCGCCGACCUAGGCAUCAUCGACGCCGGGCGCACGCGCCGCCCGCGCUCCAUCACCGAGCAAGACAGCAUCCCGGCCUGCGAGAAGUGGCGAGGCCAAGUCCUGAAAGAGAUCUCCCGCAAAGUCUCCCGCAUCCAGGACCCCGCUCUCUCCGACUACCAGAUCCGCGACCUCAACGAUGAAAUCAACAAGCUCAUGAGAGAAAAACACAUGUGGGAGGUGCAGAUCCGCAACCUGGGCGGGCCGAACUACAUGCGCAGCGGGGGGAAGGUCUAUGAUGAGGCUGGAAGGGAGAUCCCCGGUGGAGGGAGGGGGUACAAGUACUUUGGCAGGGCGAGGGAGUUACCCGGUGUUAAGGAGCUGUUUGAGGCGGCGGCGAGGGCGAAGCAGGAUGAUGAGAAGCCGUUGGAGACGAGAGACGAUUUGAGGAAACAGGUGGAUGCGGCGUAUUAUGGGUAUGCGCCGGGCGAGGAGGACGAGAAGCUGUUGGCGUAUGAGGCGGCGAGGGAGAGGCAGGCGUACGAGAACCUGGCGAAGGCGGCGGCUGGGUUGGAGCCGCCUCCGGGGUGGGAAUCUUUGCCGGGCGAUACAGGUGAUGGACAGGCGUGGGAGCUUCCUACGAUGGAGGAGGUGCAGCAGGAGCUCAUUGAUAGGAGGAGGAGGAGGCUGUUGGAUCAGUUAUAG